AUGUCACUGCAUGGAUAGACAAAUCCAAUUUCUUUGACUCUUUGCUUAGCGAAAUUUGUUCCAAGCUCGGACACGCAAUUUGCGGGAAGGGCCUGCAAUCACGCUCCUUCCUCCACGUCACCCCCUUCUCUUUGCUUCUCGUCUAGCUUUGUUUGGGUGUCAAAGAUGAUUCAAUUAUUGGGUACUUAAGUUGAUUGAAUAUUCAAGAUUUUGGACUUCGCUAUCUCAUCUGGGUUUGAUGUUACCGUUGCUGCUUCUGUUUUCUACUCUGGUGGGUAUCUUUUCUUGUUGGUUGAUCGAGUUUCUGGUCAAUUCCUCAUUUGGGUAUUGAAUUUCUUGGUCAGAUUUCUUCCUAAUUUCUCUCUCUUAAUGUUUUUGGUCAUUGUUGUUGCUCAAGGAUAGUUAUUAAGAUUCAUUUUUAUGCUUGAUUAGUACUUCAAGUUGUUUGUUAGAUGCUAGAACCGGUGUUUGGUGUCGAUUGAUUGUUCAAUUUCUUAUUUCCCAUUUGAAAAGGGUAAUUCAGGCUUAGUUUUCAUCUGGGUAGUUUCCCUUUUCUCCUGAAAUCUCCUUUGAAAAUGUGGAACCUCCUGCAGAUUUGCUUAUAAUUAAGCCAUUUCUUGCAAUUUUUUCUAGUGAAAUCAACUUUGUUCUACCACACAAAAAGAAAGGGAAAAUAAAUCAUCAAUGUGAAAUAAUGUAAGUGGUGGCCAAGUUAGUUUAGUGGUCAGCUACUCACUGCACAAAAUUUCAUUGUUUUGUUAUGUGUGGAGUGCAUUGCCCAUCCAUAAACUGCUCAUUCUGAAAUCAUGCAGUUUUCUUUCAAGUGCUUGAAUCUUUCAUUUGUCCUAACCAUUGUUGUUUCAUACUAGAUGUCCAAGUAUUAGGAGAGUUUUUGGCUGUGCAUGCUUUGGGAAAUAUCAGAAAAGUGCUUCUCAUCUCCCUUAGCUUGAUUAUAUAAUAGGCUACAGUAUGAUACUCAGAGCUGCAGGGACACUAGGUUCUGGGUAAGCUUUUUGUGGAGACUUGGAAAACCAUGACUAUGGUACUGGUUUCAACUUAAGAGACAAUAGUGCUAGCAAGAACAAUUCAGAUAAGAGAUAAUGGCCCCUGGUGGUAUCAUCUCCAAGGAGAUGAUCGAGUCACGCGUUGCAUUUGCAGAUUAUGAAACGGCAACCUCCAAUACUGAGUUCAGAGCUUUGCCUUCGAGAAAAACAGCAACAAGUUUCGGUGGAAAUCUCGGAACAUCAUCAACUAGUGAUGUGCAGAACCUGCUUGAAUGUCCUGUCUGCAUGAAUUUAAUGUGCCCCCCAAUUUACCAGUGUCCCAAUGGUCAUACUCUAUGUUCAUAUUGCAAGGCUAGAAUACACAACGCUUGCCCCACUUGCCGAGGAGAGCUUGGAAAUAUAAGGUGCUUGGCCCUGGAAAAAGUUGCCGAAUCACUUGAACUCCCCUGCAAAUACCAGAUUGUUGGUUGUCCUGAUAUAUUUCCAUACUAUAGCAAGCUAAAGCAUGAAAAGAAUUGCAAAUAUCGUCCGUACAACUGCCCGUAUGCCGGAGCUGAAUGUUCUGUCACUGGUGAUAUUCCACUUCUUGUUAUGCAUCUGAAGAAUGAUCACAAGGUUGACAUGCAUGAUGGAUGUACCUUCAAUCACAGAUAUGUCAAAUCCAAUCCCCAAGAAAUUGAUAAUGCUACAUGGAUGUUAACUGUUUUCAAUUGUUUUGGCAAACAGUUCUGCUUGCACUUUGAGGCAUUUCAACUAGGAAUGGCACCUGUUUUCAUGGCAUUCCUGAGAUUCAUGGGCAGCGAAGACGAAGCAAGGCAAUUCAGUUACAGUUUGGAAGUUGGUGGAAAUGGCAGAAAGCUUACAUGGCAAGGGAUACCCAGAAGCAUCCGCGAUAGCCAUAGGAAAGUUAGAGAUAGCCAAGAUGGACUAAUCAUUCAGAGAAACAUGGCACUUUUCUUUUCAGGUGGCGAUCAACAGGAGCUGAAGCUGAAAGUGUCUGGACGCAUCUGGAAAGAACAGUAAGGUAGAUCAUAGCUAUGUGACUUUUAAACUUCUUGCAAUUAGAAAGAUAAAGGAUGCCAAUAAAUGUAUGUCCUCUGUAAAUAAGUAGCAUCAAUUGCUUGCAUUUUUAAGAUUAGUCUAAGCUACAUUGAAAGAGUUCUUUUACUUUUUGCUACUUGAGAAAUUUUCUUAACAGAGAAUAGUUCCUUCCACUUUCAAGAGCUUUGGAGGACUCUACUUGAUUCUUCAUCUUUGCUAGAAUGGUCUCCAAGUCUUUGAUAUAUUGGAACAUCUACUAUGGAGUCAUGGUUGGCGCUUCCACCGGGUUGGUUAUUGGUGGCGUGUGUUAUAGAGACAUGGUGAUGGGAUAGAAAAUUGGAUUGUAAAAGAUGAACCCACAAUACAAGUUGAAGAUCAAAAGUGGAUGGAAACAUUUAUUUUUGGAUUGUAAAAGAUGAACCCACAAUACAAUUUGAAGAUCAAAAGUGGAUGGAAACAUUUAUUUUCUCAAA